CUGGGCAGACAUCCAAGACAACGGCAACAACGGCGGCCAGAAUUUUCUCUCGUUUGGAUAGUGUCGAGGAGGUGCAACGCGGUCGCAGUGGCAGCGCCAUCGGAAUAGCACCGGCUGGCGGUGCAGCGGCAGGAGUGGGACCAGGACCAGGAGCGAGCGUAGGAGUGGGUGUGGGUGCCGGAGUCGGAGUCGGAGUGGGUGGUGGUCCAGGUUCAGGUGCAGUGGCAGCGGCAGCGGUGGCAGCGGGUUCACCAGCCAGAGCUGGCCAGCAGCAGCAGCAGUUUGGAGGCGGAGGUGUGGCUGCUGUCGGUGCGGGUGUGGGAGUGGGAGUGGGUCCAGGAACGAUUGCGUCACGUCAGCGGAGCGCCAGCACGGUGCUCGACAUAAGCAAGGUCUCCUCCAUCGGAGGCCUGCCCUCACCGCAGGUGGGUCUGCUCAAGCGAGGCUCUCUCUAUCCUGGCGGCGGCGGUGGUGGUGGGAUUGGUGUCGUGAAUGGACUCGGACUCGGCGAUUCGACGGUGAUUUCAACGAAAUGCGACACAUUUAAUGGAGUGGGACUGGGCGUCGGCGCUGGAGUUGGUAUCGGUAGUGUGGGCGGUGUGGGUGUCGGCGGUCCAUCGGUCGCUGCCUCAGGCGUGGGAAUAGGAGCAGGAGCCGGACAACGCGGACGUCUAUCAUCUCUAUCAUCAUCAUCAUCACCCGCGAGUGUACCUGGUGCAACACUCGGGGAUCCAUCAGUGGCAGGAGGUGGGGCCGGAUCAGCCCCAACCAUCGGCAGUCCGCCCGUUCAGCCGGGCCCCAAGCGGCAGGGCAGCUUCUCGAAUGUAUUCUCGAAGCUAAUCGAUGGUAUGCCCGCCGGCACAAUGUUUGCCAAAUUCAAGAGCACCAAUGUGGCAGCAGCCACCACGUCGCAGAGCGUCGCCGAGGGCAAUCCCAUUACGCAGUACUUUGAGAUUGGCAAACCGGUGGCCUGUGCCGGACCAGAGCUCGCCUGGCGCAUACACGAUGCGUACCGCAAAAGUGACAACAAGGAAUGUUCGGUGUUUAUUUUCGAGAAAAAGGUCGCGGAGAAGCUGCACAAGCCGCGUCGCAAGGAGACCAUAACGGAGCUGCUCAAGAGCUCGGUGAAGACACUGGAACGUUUUCGUCAUCCCAGAAUACUUCAGAUCUAUCACACAGUCGAGGAGAGUGCGGACACGCUGGCCUUUGCCUCGGAGCCCAUCUUUGCCAGCCUCUCCAAUGUGCUGGCCUUUCAUGAGUCGAAGACCUAUGACAAUGCGAAUGUGCCAGCUGCUGGUGCUGCUGCUGGAGCGGCUGCCGGAGCGAGUCCGGCCCAGACACAGGGCACGGCGGGCGUCCAACCGCAGCGGCCCGCUCAUGCAAAGGAAUACAGCUUCUUGGACAUGGAACUCAAAUACGGCUUUCUACAGCUGACGGAGGCCCUGGCAUAUCUUCACUAUUCCGGUCACGUAAUUCAUCGAAAUGUGUGUCCAUCCUCUGUACUAAUAACCAAACGCGGUAUAUGGAAGCUGGCCGGCAUGGAAUAUGUGGAAAGAAUGAAUGAGACUGAUUUGAAUAGCUCAAUUCCGUGUCCGCCGUGGAGCAACAGGGUGUCAAAGAUGGCCCAGCCGAAUCUGGACUUUAUGGCACCCGAAACACAGUCAACGUCCAAGUGCAGUCUGCUCAGCGAUAUGUUCUCAUUGGGCAUGGUGAUCUGUGCGGUCUUCAACAAUGGCAGGCCCCUGAUACAGGCCGGAAACUCCACCUCCAACUAUGCCAAGCAAAUGGAAACGUUGGAUGACAUGGUCCACAAGUUGAUGCCUCGUCUGCCCAUUGCCCUGCAGGAGGCCACUUCGCGCAUGGCCAGUCGGGAUGCAACGGCACGGCCCACCGCUCAGCUUCUGCAGCUGAUCAAGUACUUCAUUGAUCCGGCUAUAAAUGCUCUCAAAUUCCUGGACGUGGUCAACAUGAAGGACACGCAGCAGAAGUCCCAGUUCUACAAGACCACCUUGAUAGAGGCCAUGCCGGUGAUACCACGUAAACUUUGGUGGCAGACCAUUUGGCCAAUGCUCAAGUCGGAGAUCAACAAUAACGAGGUCCUGGCCGCGGUCCUGCAGCCCGUCAUGCUCUUUGUCCAGGAAGCCACUCACUUCGAGUACGAUGCUUUAAUGUCCGCCACAAUGAAAAUCGUCUACAAUACACCGAAAUCCAUUCAGGCAAGCGUUACGAUACUCGAGAAUUUGCAUUUGAUUAUUGAGAAGACAAAGCCGGAGGAUGUCACCACAGAUAUAAUGCCGAUGCUAUUCUGUUCCUUUGACGGAUCCACGAUACAAGUGCAGAGUGCCGCCGUUGUGGCUGUGGCCAAUGUGUUUGACAGCAUCGAUGAGCUAUCCAUACGCCGCAUGGUCCUGCCCAAGGUCAAAUUGGUAUUCGAGAAGAACAUCACCGAUCCGAAGAUAGUGCAGAAUGUGCUCAUGUGCAUUGAGCGUGUAAUGGACCGCAUGGAGCGGGCACAGGUCAUGGAGGAGGUGCUGCCGCUGCUGGCCAAUAUUCGCAUACCCGAUCCCGAUAUUAUCAUGCGUACUGUGCGCAUCUAUCAUAAGCUGUUUGUGGACAAAUCCUACGGCCUGAGCGUGGAGACCAUGGCCACCAAUGUGCUGCCGUUGCUCAUACCGCACACCGUCAAUCCGGCACUCAAUUUCGAACACUAUUGCUAUCUGCUUGAAGUGCUGCAACAGAUGCUGGAGGCCAUCGAUCGACAGCAGCGGAACAAAUUGAAGUUGGACAACCUGUCGAUGGCCUCGCCGGAGCGACACCGGACACUGCGCCAUCAAUUCUCGACGGACAACAUGAAUGCGCCGCCCUUCAACAUACCAAACCUGCGCAUAGAUCAGCGCAAGACCUCCAGCGCCGAGGACAUGGCCCGCAAGAACUCUGGCGGGUCUGGCAUGCUGGGUGGCUGGUGGUUCGGCUGCUCGCCAUCGUCGCCGGAUAGCAAUUUCCUGCGCGUUGGGAACGUGUUCCCCAAUCGACGGCUCUCGGACAACACGCUGAUGACACCCAAGAUCCGCAUUGCGCCCUCGUGCGCCUCAUCACCGGGCGGCACGCCGGGCAGCGGCCUGCCGACGCGCCGCCACUCGAGCAUUGGGCCACAGGAGCGACGGGGCUCCGCCAUCAAUUUGUCACCGCCAACUUACGGUGGUGCCCGCGGUAGCUCUGGAUCGAGCCUAUCGGUGCCCUCGACUUCGGUAUAUGUUAAAUCUCCUUUAUUGUACUCCCAAAAACAGGGUGGCUCCAUGCCGAACACCUCGAGCAGUGUUCCGUUCUUGUUGUCGUCGAGCAUGCAGUCGAUAAGGUCGCGCCGCCAGUCGACGGUGCUGUCAUCGGGUCCACUCGGCUCUGGAUCGGGCAUACUGCAGCAGCUGGGAUCCGGCAUGUAUCAACUAUUCUCCGGACGUAACUAAAGAAACGAAAAACGAAAACAGAAACAGAUAAAUAAACCAUUCAAAAGAAACUAAUUACUAAUUACUUUUCAAUGCAAUUUCGGUCCAGUAAUCAACUUAUAUUAGCUCGAAACAUAUAUGCAAUACAUUGUAAACGUACACCAAGAGCCAGGCAAGCUCAAAAUAUAUGUAUUUCACUCGAAACUCUAAAUGUUAUUACUAGCCAAAAUGCCAAUUUGAUGUGACCAAAGAGAGUGCAACAAUGCUCUCGUUAACUUAUAAUCGCAAAUACUCGUACCAAGAAUACAUAUAUCUCCAAAGAAUACCAAUGGAAAACUAAUUUAUCCUAAUGAUGAAAAGUGUCAAACACACAACACAACCACAAAUCACGUCACACACUCAUGAGUACAUUAAUUCCAUAGAGAUUCCCACACACACAAUGCAAAAUGCAAUCAAUUCCUAGAAACUCGAACAAUACAUGGAUAUACAUAGGCAUAUAUAUUUAUCAUACUUAUAUAUUAUAUAUGUAUAUGUUUAUGACAUGCCAAAAUACUUAGCUUAGCCUUAGCCACUUCCCUUAAUGUGUCAUACAACAUACCUCAAACAUAUGAAUAUUUUUCGAAUUAUUUAGUGAAAAUGAAUAACCAAGCCUAAUAAGUAAACAUUUAGCAUAAACAUCUCAGCGUCAGCCUCAGCCUCAGCAUUAGCAUCAGACACAUGGAACUUCGGACCACCGAUGAGAUGCGCUGCUUUCCAAACAAAAUCUCACAAAAUGCAAUAUUAUUCAUAAGAAUUGCCAAGAAUUUUCUUCACAUUUCUUUAGUUCAUAUAAAUUUAGACUUGCUCUUUUGGAGGGCCGACAUCAGGUCAUAUCGCGUAUACAUACAAAACCUCACAGAUAAUAAUAACUACAUAAAAUAUUCCUCUCGUAUUCGUAUAGAAAAUAUAACAAAUAAAUCGUGUACCUAAGAGUUGGUACCUAAAAACAAUCGGCACAAGCUAAAUCAAAAAUUAUCCCAGAGCUUUACAGCAGAAGCAAUCAAAAUGAAUAUACUCGUACAUAAAUAAUCAUGUUAAAAGGGAAAGGGAGAAAAGGAAGAGUUUAUUUAUAACCCAGAGUCAUGACCCACUCAAUACGCUUUCAAGUAAGGAAAAUCUCUGUACAUCAAAUCAUGAAAUCCAUUAAAUACAAUACAAAAUACUUUACACCCAAAACUACUACUAAGGUGAAUACUACACAUUAUCCAAAAUAUAAAUGAAAGGAAUACAAAUCAAAAACGAAAGGUCCACUCCGACACAGCCAUGAAACCUGUUUUGUGUGAAUCCCAAAAUCUAUAGUCAAUUUGUAUCGUUGGGCCAGGACAUUGAUGAAUCAGCAACUAUAUAGCGCAUAUAUUUAUGGUAAAUGGUAAAUGGUAAACUCUUGAAUCUUUAUAGUACUCAUACAUAAAAAUGAAUACACGCAUUAUAAUUAUCAUUGUUGUGGUAGCUUUAGCGGAACCGAGAUGGGGAAAACCAAAAAUGAAUU